AUGGCCAUGAACGUUCUGUUCUGGAAUUGUCGAGGGAUUUGUAAUCCUUCCACUAGGCGUGCUUUGAAGAUUUUAAUCUCACAGCAUAAUCCGAAAUUGGUGUUUCUGAUUGAAACGAAAAUCAGAGAUAAAGAGGAGUUCGACAGACUACAGUGUAACCUAGGGUUUGAUCAUGCAGAGGGCGUGAUGAGCGUUGGGCAGGCUGGUGGACUGGGUUUAUUCUGGAAUGACGAAGUAAAGGUCAAAAUACGGCAGCUUUCUACUGCCCGUUUUAUUGAUGCAGUGGUAGAUGAAGGAGAUGGCUUCUUGCGGUGGCGGUUCACGGGGUUUUACGGCAACCCAGGUGCAGCAGAUCAUCAUGAAUCCUUGGAUCUUCUCAGGGCUUUGAGUGAUGAUGACAGUUUACCGUGGGUUGUGUUUGGAGACUUUAACGAGAUCUUGUUGGCCUCAGAGAAGCUGGAUGGUAGGCCACGACCGGAGAGUCAAAUGCGAGGUUUCCGGGAGGCGCUGGGGUAUGCGGAAUUGGUGGACCUAUGUGCAGUUCCGAUUGUUCAGAGGAAGCGAUAUCACAGGUUUAAGUUUGAAUCAUUGUGGUUGAAGCAUGAUGGUUGUCAUGAGAUCGUUCAGCAACAGUGGCAACGUCUAGCUCUGGGACAACCAAUGUUUCAGGUUUCGAAGAAGAUUGCAUGGACCAGUAUUGCGUUAGAUGAUUGGCAACGCAGUGUGUUUGGUGACCGACAGAAAGCAAUGUCGGAGACUCGUUCACGGUUGGAGGAGCUGUUGUGUAUGUCAGUGACUCCGGAGGUAUUGGCUGAGAGGGGUCAUUUGAUGGAACGCUUGGAAAGGCUGCUGUCAGAAGAGGAAUUAUAUUGGAGUCAGCGAGCUAAGGUUUCAUGGCUCAAGGAGGGAAAUCGUAAUACUGGUUUCUUUCAUCGUAAGGCUUCUAAUAGAAAAAGCAAAAAUUUCAUUAGAGGCCUUUAUGAUGAGGCAGAGAACUGGAAAGAAGAUGAUGAUGGUCUGGAAACUGUUGUUGUGAACUAUUUUGAGAAAAUGUAUAAGGCAGGAACUAUUGAUGGUGAGGCUUUGGAGGAAACUCUUCAGGCUAUUUCUCCUUCAGUUACAGAAGAGAUGAAUAUUACGGUAUGUUCCCAAUAUAGCUGUAAGGAAGUGAAUGAGGCUUUGUUCCAAAUGUACCCUACGAAGUCGCCUGGACCGGAUGGAAUGCCGUCGCUAUUUUUCCAACAUUAUUGGGAGAGUAUAGGUGAUGACAUCACUGCUGCAGUACACAAUUUUCUACAGACUGGUCAGUUGCUAAAACAGAUCAAUUUCACGCACAUUUGUUUGAUUCCUAAAACUGCUAAUCCUGAGACUAUGGCAGAUUUAAGACCAAUUGCAUUGUGUAAUGUCAUUUACAAGUUGUGUUCGAAAGUUAUUGCCAAUAGGUUAAAGUUGAUUUUGCCUCAGAUUAUAUCAUCUUUUCAGAGUGCUUUCAUUCCAGGCAGGUUGAUAACUGACAAUACGUUGGCAGCCAAUGAGCUAGCUCAUUUUAUUCAUAAUAAAAGAGCAGGGGAGGAAUUUAUGGCAUUGAAAUUGGACUUGAGUAAAGCCUAUGACAGAUUGAAAUAUUCUUUUUUGGUACCGGGAAAGCCCAGGGGCUAUGUGGUACCUUCUAGAGGGUUGCGACAAGGAGAUCCUUUAUCACCAUAUUUGUUUCUUCUCGGAGCAGAAGGUCUCUCUACUUUAUUAAAGACAAAGGCUGAUCUAGGUGUGUUGCCAGGUAUUUCUAUUUGUGAAGGCGCUCCCAUGGUUAAUCAUCUUCUUUUUGCAGAUGAUAGUAUAUUGUAUGCUACUGCUAAUUUACAGGCUUGUCAUGAAAUUAGUAAUGUAUUGAAGGUGUAUGGAAAAGCAUCUGGGCAGCAAGUUAACUUCCAUAAGAGUUCUGUUAUGUUUAGUAAAAAUGUGGAUCGUGCUACUCAGAAUUUGCUUGCUACAUUUUUGGGAGUUAAUGUAGUGGAAUCCCAUGAGAAGUAUCUUGGUUUGCCUACAUAUGUUGGAAGGAAUAAAACUAGUACUUUUCAAUAUAUUCAGGAGAGAUUGGAUCAGAAACUUCAAACUUGGCAGGGUCGGCUUCUUAGUGGUGCUGGCAAAGAUAUUCUGAUCAGGGUGGUAGCUCAAUCUUUACCUACAUAUGCUAUGAGCUGCUUUCAAUUAACAAAAAAAUUUUGUGAUGAUCUUCAACAGAGAUGUGCUAGAUUUUGGUGGGGAGGCUCUAAUGAACAAAGGAAAAUUCAUUGGAAGUCUUGGCAAUUUCUUUGCCGGCCAAGGAAAGAAGGAGGAUUGGGUUUCCGGGAUUUAUGUGCUUUUAAUAGGGCUAUGUUAGCAAAACAGGGCUGGAGAAUUGUUCAACAUCCGAAUUCAUUAAUUGCCAAAAUGUAUAAGGCCAUAUACUUUCCAAAUUCUUCUUUUUGGGAGGCUGCACCUCAUCAUUCACCUUCAUUUUCUUGGCGGAGUAUUUAUGAGGCUAGAAGUGUUCUUGUCAAAGGGGCACAUUGGCAAGUAGGAGAUGGGAAUGAUAUCUUGCUUUCUGACCCAUGGCUACCUAGAGCGGCACCUUUUCGCUUAUUACUAGUUCACAGAGGUAGAGAUCCUCUUUGGAAGGUCAAUCACCUUUUGAAUGAUGAGGGUUGUUGGAAUGAAGCAUUGAUACAACAGGUUUGUCAUGUUGAUGAUAUCCCUUUUGUUUUGUCUAUUCCUUUGAGUAAUAGAAGGGUUCAUGAUCGUUGGGUGUGGCACUUUGAUUCCAAAGGGUUGUUUUCAGUUAAGAGUGCGUACAGGCUCUUAAUGGAGGAGGAAAUAGUACAAGAGGUGCCUUUGCAGACGCAAGAUUUAUGGAAAAAGCUAUGGUCUACCAAUGUACCAGGUACGGCAAAAAAAUUUCUAUGGAAGGUGUUGAACAAUUGUUUACCUACUAUGGAUAGAUUGAUUGAGAAACAGGUUCCUCUGGAGGUAAGACCUUGUGUUCUAUGUGGAGUGGGGGAAGAGACAAUUGAACAUAUAUGUAGGCUUUGUCCGUAUGUCAGGGGAGUGUUGGAUGCCGUGCCUGGGGUGGUACGGUCGGCUUACUCUCCUGCUGCUAGGAUGGUGCAGUUUUUGGAGUGGAUUCGGGGUUGUGCUUCUCAAUUGCCUUCCAAGUUAUGGGCAACUUUCGUUUAUAUUUUGUGGGGUGUUUGGAGGGAGAGAAAUAAUAGAGUGUGGGAUAACAAGAGUAUGGAGGUGAACCAGGUUGUGCUGCUAUUGUCGACUCGUUUCCAGGAAUACCAGAGGUAUAAGGGCAAGAGCCAGGGUGGAGGGAGUCGGCGUGUAGUCCCUUGGAAACCUCCGAGUACAGGGUGGGUGAAGAUUAAUGUUGAUGGUGCAUUUCAUAAAGAUACUGAACAGGUUGAGGCAUUAGCUGGGAGGGAGGCUGUCUCACUUGCUAUUCAGCGAGGUCUCUCUACGGUUACUUUUGAGACUGAUUCUCUUACUCUUUUUCAUGCAACAAAGCAGAGAGUCAUUCCCCAUACUUUCUUCAUUGGUCGUGUGUAUGAUGACAUUAUCUUUCAUCUUCAACAGAUGCUGGGUUCUUACUUUACUCUUGCUUAUCGUCAAGCCAAUGUUGUGGCUCAUACUUUACCUCAUUUUGCUUGUUCUUCUUCUAGUUCUUUAUUCUGGGGCCUAGAGCCUCCAACUUGUAUUGUUGAUGUACUUUCUAAGGACUUUACCUCCUGA